AUGAACCUGCUCCGGACAGGGCGACUCACACUCACUGCGCUUGUCACGCCGAGAGUGGCGACCACAAGCGCAUGCUCGGGCUCUGUUGGCUCGCUCGACCUCGCGGCGCUCGAGGAUAACGUUCGCAGGCAGGCGGCGUCGGGCGUGACGGGCCUGGUGGCACUCGGCUCGUCGGGCGAGUGGUCCUCGCUGGCGUUUGAUGCAAAGGCGACGGUGCUCGAGGUGGUGGGCGAUGUAGAGCGGCGCCGGCGAGCCGAUGAUCCUUCAGCUUCGCCGCUCCUUCUCACCGCAGGAACCGGCGGCAACUGUCCGGAUGAGUCCCGCGAGCUGGGCGAGGUGGCUGCCGCCGCUGGCUUUGCCGCCCUUAUGGUCGUCCCGCCGCACUACUACGGGCCGAUGACAAGCAAGAGCGAUCUGCUCGCCUACUACCUCGAAGUUGCCGACUCGGCACCGCUCCCGGUUGUUCUGUACAACAUUCCUCAGCUCACUGUCGGCGUCGAUCUCACGCCCAGCAUGGUCAGCAAGCUCGCUAGCCAUGCCAACGUGGUUGGCAUCAAGGACUCGAUCGGCUCGGUUGUCCGGCUCCAGCAGCUGGUGGCGGCGACGGCCAACGCCGAUGACUUUGCGGUCAUCACAGGCUCGCCGUCGAUUCUGGUCCCAGCGCUCAUGGCUGGCGCUGCAGGCUCGAUCACCGGCCUCGCCAACGUCUGCGCUGCGCGGGUCGAAGCACUCACCGCCGCCACGUCGGCCGUUCUCGAGCACGGCGCUUCCGCCGACCGCAUGCAGGCCAUUGUUCGCGAACAGGCUGCGCUUGCCACCGCCAACAACAAGCUUGGUGCCUAUGGCAUUCCGGGCCUCAAGGCCGCAGUCGACAUCGCCGGCGCAGGUACAGCCGGCCUCCCGUUUGCGCCCAUGACUCCGGUGACGGGCGACGAGCGCGACGCCAUUGCCGCUCUCCUUGAUGCCACCUCGGGCAUUCCGCUUGCGCGCCCGAUCGAUCCAGCGACAGCGCUCUGACGCCGGCCAUUAGACAGCA